AUGGAGAAAAAAUUUGCUAAAGAUGAAGACUGGAUAGAAGUUGACGAUGGCAUGAAUCAUUACAGCAACUCAGACAGCAACAACAACAACAACAACAAUAAGAACAGUAUUAAUAACAACAACAAUAAUAAUAAGAACAACAAUAAUAGCAACAAUAACAAUGACGACUUGGAUUAUAUUAAUGAUAGUAGUAGCAGUAGAAAAUUCAACAUAGACAGGAAUAUUGUGUUUGAUAACAGUAAAACAUCAGAGAAAAUUGUCGUCAAAAAUAUGAAUAGCAACAACAACAAUAGCAACAAAACCGACAACAACAACAACAUUACCAACAAAAACAUUAAAAGAGCUAACAACAACACCCAGGCAAACAACAACAGCAACAACAGCAACACAAAAUUAAUUGGAAGUAAAACUCAACAUGAUGACAUUACAAAGCAACCGAAACAAGGCAACAACAACAAUAAAAACAGCAACAACAACAAAAGCAGUAGCAGCAAUCCCAUCACAUCAUUCUUUACGAGCUUAUUUGCUGACGAAAAUUCUAAUGACAACAAUUGCGAUGAUGAAGAUGAUGAAAAUAACAUCAACAACGACAACAACAACAACAAUAAUAACAAUCACAACGGCAACAAUAACAAUAAUAAUAAUAACAAUAAUAAUAAUAACAAUAAUAAUAAAACUUUGGUGGAAAACAAUUAUAGCAGUGACAAGGACUUUAAAGAAAAUUUAGUGCUUAUAGAUAAAGAUACUAGCAUUAGUAAUAGUAAAAAUAAUAAGAAUAAAAAAAAUAAUAAAAACAACAACAACAAUAAUAAUAAAGAUAACAACAACAACAAAAACAACAGCAACCCCAUCACAUCUUUUUUCGCAAGCUUAUUCGCUGACGAAACUUCAGUUUCAAACAACAACAACAAUAACAACAAUGAUGGUUAUGAUAACGAUAACAACAACAAAACCAAUAAAAAUAAAAACAAUAACAAAAAGAACAAUAAUAAAGAUGAUGAUGUCAUCCAUGCAAUAAGAGACAUCGACUGCCAUAAAGAUUUGGCUCAAGAGAAUUUUGCUCUCCUAGAUACAGAUGCUAUAAGUAGUAAUAAUAAUAAAAAUAAUAAUAAUAAGAAUAAUAAUAAUAAGAAAAAUAAUAAAAAAUGUGAAAAAAAUGAAAGUGAUUCUCGUUAUGAUGAUAAUAAGAACAAUAAUAAUGAUAACAAUAAGGAUGGUGAUGAUGAUAAAAAUGAUGUUUUGAGCAAAUGCGUUCUAGAGCACUUCAAAGAUAUCUCACCUCUCUCCCUCUUCUCGUACUCUCACUUGGUCGCCUGCACUCUCUGUGAUCUCUAUGGAGAUAGUGAUGAGAAUAGAAAAUUCAGAAACACCUUCAUGUGGUCGUUCAUGGAAAGAUUUGGGUCGGAGGGGAAAAAAUUUCGCCCAAUGAUGAUGCUAUUGGUUAACGAUGAAGCCGUGCACGAGCCAGGCGAAAUGCUAUUGGACGAAUUCAAAGCGACCGACCUCUAUCUGGCCAAUGGCAGUAAAGAGGUCAUUCGUGAUUUGCUGAUGAUUUCCAUACAACGUGGCGAGUAUGACAGCAGAUCUCGAACAUUUGUGAAGUACAUGUGCCAGAAGUUAGACGGAUUGACAGCUGGUCUGGCGGCUCCCUUGGUAGCUGGUAGCUUGGGCAUUGCCUCCGGUACGAUUGGCACUGCCCUGUUUGCCACGAAAGCGGGCGUGGCUAUCGUCGGAUCUCUGUUCGGAUUGGCUGGUGCUGGUCUAACUGGUCACAAAAUGAACAAGAGAGUGGGUGAUUUGGAUGAAUUUGAAUUCGAGGAGUUGAGUGGUGGAAAGUCCCUGGCAGUCACCAUUGCCGUGUCCGGUUGGCUCAACGACACGUACUCAGAUUUCAGAAAAGUAUGGCUUGGACUGGAUGAAACGCCAGAGCAGUACACGUUGAAUUAUGAAGGGAAGUAUUUGAAGGAAUUGGGAGGAGCUAUCCAUCAAUUCACCCAGUUAGGUAUAUCCUUAGCAGUUAAUGAAGGACUGAAGCAUACGAUCUUACAAGGCCUCUUAGCGGCAAUGAUGUGGCCGAUGGCUCUACUGAGUGCAUCCAGUAUCAUUGAUAACUCGUGGAACGUUUGUACUAAGAGGAGUAACAAUGCGGGUAUUCAGCUGGCCGAGGUUUUGCUGGCUAGGGAACAAGGAAAGAGACCAGUGACCUUGGUUGGAUUUGGGUUUGGGGCGAGGGUUAUAUUUUCAUGCCUUAAGGAAAUGUCUACUAGACAGAAUUACGAGGGCAUUGUAGAGCAGGCUAUCCUGUUAGGGGCACCUGUGACGUCAGAUGGUGAGACGUGGAGAAAGGUAGCCAAGACUGAAUCCUACAUGACCUUCACAUUGAGAGUCAACUUUUACACACCUGAAAUCAACUAUCUGAUAAGUGCAGGCGGAAAUAUCCUACUUGGCAGCAAGCUGAUCAUGAACUCCAAACAGAAGACAUUCUCGGUGGCUCUCUCCCGCAAGAUGGCACCGUCGGCUCGUAUUGUGGCCUACUGCAUCGUAGAAGGCGAGGUUGUCAUGGAUUCCCUAACUUUUUUCAUCAAGGAUUCUAGGCUUAAACAGCCAGAAAUAAUUUUGAACUACGGCAAAGACUUCACGAGGGAUACGAUUGAAAUUGUAGCUAAGGGACCGCCAGGCGGUUACGUAUUCAUGAAUGCCGUGGAUUAUGAAUUCUCACUUAGGGGGGCCUUACCCUUUAUCACAGAACAGCAGGUCUUACACGAGUUAAUGAAGUACGAUUCAAUAGCAGCCAGCCCCUACCAGUUUACGUGGAGCAUGAACGAUUGGUACUGGGAGAAGACUGUCUUUUUUCCUACACAGGAUACUGGCAUGGACACCAACACUACUUCGUUUGCAGCAGGUCUGAUUGUGAUGAGCGAUGCCAACAUUACGAUAAGACAAGAUUUCUCGCCGUGCAAUCGCUCGCUGGGCUUGGGCAUCUGUCCGCUUUCUGGUCAGUGUUACGAGCUGAAGACGGCCUGUGAUGGUGUUGUCCAUUGUUCUGAUGGCUUUGAUGAAGUUGCUUGCAACCCGACACCCGAGGAAAUGUAUGUGCCAAGACCCAUCGAGUUGGAUUCAUUGUUCUGGAACAGCAGGUACCAGGACACCUGGCUUCCGUUUUGGAAAAGUACCUACAUCAAGCAAGUAGGACAGGGUGAGAUAAAGAUAGAACAAGAGGAGUUGAUGGACCCGUUGGUCAUGGGGGCGUUCUUCAUGCACCCGGAUCAGGGCUUUUCCAUUGCUCAGGAGUACAUUUUGCACGACACAACUCGAAUAUUCUUUGUGACCAUUGAGAACCCUGAAAAGAUCAGAAGGGGUGAACAGGUGGGACUCAGGUUGGACAUCUAUAACUAUUGGGACCAGGACCUCGAGAUCCUAAUCCUACUGCACGGAGAUGACGACUACCGAUUUAUCGUAGUGGAGGACUUCGGCUACGUCGUUUCAUACAGUCCAAGAACCAUCAGAGGUGAUGUGCAGACCAUGGUUUCCAUAAAAGGCAACCAGGUAUCCACAUAUCAAAUGUUCCCCAUCGUCGCUACCAUACCCAAAGGCGAGAUAACUGUUAGAAUUAGUACUUACAGCAGUCAGAGGAUUGACGAAGAGGAUGUUAAUAUCAAGAUUAGUUAUGAUGGUGUGGUUGGUCGCGUUCGUCACACGCCCUACGUCGUUGACCUCGUGAACUCAGGUUCACUGGUCAUUCCUGACCUCAAGGUCAACAUAUCUGAGAGGUUUGUCGAUCCUGGCGCCAGAGAUCUCUACUACAUUCCAUAUUCCAAUGACGCCACCCUCUACGUUUACGGUGAUAUGGUAUCUCCUGGAUUUUUUGAUUCCCACUUGACAGCCAUGAACACAGUGCACCAGUACCAUGACUCGGGCGAGGUUCUAGCCAGACAGUAUGCCUACAUGGGAAGUGAUGGAGAGUUCAGGAUGUUCAGGAGAUCCGGAAAGCCUUCCGUUAAAUUGACGGCCAUGGCAUUGAAGUAUUUACACGCCGCCCUUACGAGCACCUGGGCCGAGAUCAUCUAUGUCGAUGUAGACAUCUUGAAUAGGAUCGGGAACUGGUUGGCCUCCCAGCAGGCUCCCAACGGAUCCUUCCCUGAAACAUCUGACCCUUACACAGUGAGCAAACUGACCAACGAGACGUUAAUGCUGCACAUACCACUGACCGCACAUGUGGUCAUCGCCCUAUCGUCUGCCGUACGGUUGACUGGGAACGCCAGACAAAAAGUGGACCGCGCGAAAACAGACGGUUCGAACUACUUGGCCAGCCAGCUGGCGGUCAUCAGUGACCCCUUCCAAAUGGCUAUCACCUCGUACGCCCUGCUCGUCUCCAACAACAGGCAGGCCGAUACUGCCUUCAACCUUCUCAUGAAUAUGCGCCGGAGAUGUCUGUUGAUUUUUUGUUUAAUUUUUUUGUUUCAAUUUCAGUACGAGAGGCAGUUUCAUCCGAAUGUCGGUAAUGCUGUCCUGGCUACAUCCUAUGCCCUGCUGGGUUUGCUGGCCAGGAAUCACAAGGAAGAUUCCGUGUCUACCAUGAAGUGGGUGGCAUCCCAGCACAACAGGCUCAUGGGCUGGUCCUCUACUCAUGACACGAUAAUAGCAUUAGAAGCCAUGACAGAAUUCUCAUAUAGACAGACGAACAGGGCCUUCUACAAUCUCCAGCUUGACUUCCGCAUCUCCCCCAAUGCAACCUGGUUUCAGAGAGUCAAACUCGACAAAACAAACUUCGCCAAUCUAUUUUCAUUCAAGUUAACUCCUGCUUAUGGACAAGUUCUUACGAGAGCGUCUGGGACGGGAUAUGCCAUGCUGGCUAUGGACACGUUCAUACAUUUUGAGAAGCCUUACCAGGUGGAAGCCGUGGGUCCUGAGUUCGAAUCCUUCUCCCUCGAACUGGAUUCGCAGAGAUUUUGGGGCAGAAAUGCCAGUCACAUGGAGCUCAACAUUUGCUUCAAAUGGCUUCGUACAGAUUUGGCGCCAGCGGCUGGCAUGACGAACGUGAUUGUGGACAUCCCGACAGGUUACGUCAUCAGCCGGGACACCAUUGAGUGGAUGUAUUCCGCUGGCUUUCCGGGUCUGAAGAGAGUUCGAUUCUACGAACAACAGCUCAUCACUUUCUUUGAAUAUGUCUCAACGACGAGAACGUGUUUCAAUUUCGUCGCAGAUCGCUGGUUCCCCGUUGCAAACACCUCCAUCUCGCACUUGCUCAUGAUCAGAGAAUAUGCCGAGACCGGCAUGCAGAAGUUAUCGGCCUACAACACUUACUCCCUCUUCCAGCUGCACAUCUGCCAGGUCUGUGGCUCCUUUCAGUGCCCUUACUGCCAGUACUACAACGCCGCAACCACCAGACACAGAUUGACCUUUGACCAUUUGGGGUUUAACCUUGUCGGUACUCUGAUUGCCCUUUAUAUCGUUCGGUUUGUUAGUGGACAGAGGUAUAGUAUCUUUGGUGGCGGUACUGGGCGAUAAUUUGGUUUUGUAUAAUUUGUAUAAUUACUUUUCAUAAUUAUAAUUUAAUAUGUUUUUAUUUUGUUGUUAUUAUUAUUCUUUUAUAUUUACUUAUUAUGAUGGUAUUUUUAAUAAUUUUUAUUAUUAUUCUUAUUAUUUUUCAUCAAUCUAUAAUUAACCCAUAAUCCGUCCUAACAUUUUUUUACCACCCAGUUUUAAUUUAAUGACAUUUUCGUUAACUUUUAUUUUUUCAAAUUUGACAAUAUUUUAUGUUCUGUAAACUGAAAAUAAAAAUGAAUUUUCUUUCUUCUUUUUCUUCUUCUUUUUCUUUUUCUUCUUUUUCUUCUUCUUUUUCUUUUUCUUUUUCUUCUUUUUCUUCUUCUUUUUCUUAUUAUUGUUGUUAUUACUAUUAUUAUUUAUCUGAACUUAUCAUGUCUUCUUAACGCUUAACUAGCUUUCGACGUGAUUAUAAAAGCCCCCAACAAUAACCAUAAUAAUAAUCAU